AUGGACCCCAGCACUCGGGCUGCGGGCCUGCCCCUCUGCUCCUGCCAUCCGCCGCUUAUUGGCCCCCGGCUCGGAAAACAUGUGAACGCACAGGUCUGCCCACCGCCGCCACACGACCGUAACCUGCCGCCGCCUCACGACCGUAACCUGCCGCCGCCUCACGACCGUAACCUGCCGCCGCCUCAUGACCGUAACCUGCCGCCGCCUCACGACCGUAACCUGCCGCCGCCUCAUGACCGUAACCUGCCGCCGCCUCACGACCGUAACCUGCCGCCGCCUCACGACCGUAACCUGCAGCCGCCUCACGACCAUAACCUGCCGCCGCCUCACGACCGUAACCUGCCGCCGCCUCACGACCGUAACCUGCCGCCGCCUCACGACCGUAACCUGCCGCCGCCUCAUGACCGUAACCUGCCGCCGCCUCACGACCGUAACCUGCCGCCGCCUCAUGACCAUAACCUGCCGCCGCCUCAUGACCAUAACCUGCAGCCGCCUCACGACCAUAACCUGCCGCCGCCUCACGACCAUAACCUGCCGCCGCCUCACGACCAUAACCUGCCGCCGCCUCACGACCAUAACCUGCCGCCGCCUCACGACCGUAACCUGCCGCCGCCUCACGACCAUAACCUGCAGCCGCCUCACGACCAUAACCUGCCGCCGCCUCACGACCAUAACCUGCAGCCGCCUCACGACCAUAACCUGCCGCCGCCUCACGACCGUAACCUGCCGCCGCCUCACAACCGUAACCUGCCGCCGCCUCACGACCAUAACCUGCCGCCGCCUCAUGACCGUAACCUGCCGCCGCCUCACGACCGUAACCUGCCGCCGCCUCACGACCAUAACCUGCCGCCGCCUCACGACCAUAACCUGCCGCCGCCUCACGACCGUAACCUGCCGCCGCCUCACGACCGUAACCUGCCGCCGCCUCACGACCGUAACCUGGCCGCCGCCUCAUGA